UCACAAGAGUCCAAAGUCACCUCUCGCGAGAUGUGGAGGUCUCGUAAGAGUCGGAGCCGGAGCAAGGAGGAGGAGAUAGAGGUAGCAGCCCGGCCGGUAGGAGGAUGGAGGCAGCGUGUGCGCGCGCUGCCCAGCUUGCCGAGGGCAGCACAACCAGGAGCUUCAUCUUCUCCGUGCAUUGCCAAUAUGUCUGAUGGACAGAACCCAUCAGGGUCUGGUAUCAUAGACCAGUCCCAAGCAGAAGCAACCCAUUCUUCUUCUGAAUCGGAGGAUCCUGAACUUUCCAAAUUGCUUCUCACUGUAGAAAAUGUUAAAAAGCUACAAGAGGAGUAUCCUGCUGUUAAACCUGUGCAUGCUAGACAGUCAAUAGAAGCAUAUAUUAAGCAGAGCAAUUGCUUCUUGAAUGAGACUGAAAAUGGUGCAGAUGGAAGCAAGGAGCAGGAUCUCUCAGCUGAAGAAGAAUUUGAAGCAACUUUAGUCAUUCCUUACAGAGAAGAUACCAGGGAUGAUAAUGUGGAAAAUUUUGAAGAAAUUUCAAGCAAAGGUAGAAGAAAUUCUGCUACCUGCUACUGUCCUUCAGGAAAAAAGGAAGCCCAUUCAGCCAGCUCCCUGCCUCUCUGCCUCUGGAGCUUAAUGUCUAGAGAGCGGGAUUUGCAGACAAGAUCUUUUCCAUCUUCAAUUCCUGAGGUUCAGACAUCAACGAAACAUGAUGUUGCAGAUUUGGAGACUCAGACAGAAUGGAGUUAUUCAGAUACAUCUGUGGAUUUAAGUGAAAAGGCAAGGAAGAAGCUGGGCCACAGCAUCUUAGAUGGAAAGGAGACCUUUGAGGAAGAAAGUAAAAAAAUGACAGCUGAUAAAAUGAGAGAAGAUAGAAGACGUGGACUUGAGCCAGAGGAGGGCGUUUCUCCUGCUGAAUGGGAGGCGAACCAAUGGAGUCCAACAGAGGUUCAUUCCUUCACCGAUCUUUGCCUCCACGGUUGCUGUGAGUUUUGUACCAGCAUCCUGAAGGCCCUUCCAACAGCAGAGGAACUGGAUGACAAGCCAGAUAGAGUGGAAAAUUUUAUCUGUUGCAGGACAUAUAAGGAGAUUUUCCAACAUGUAAUAGAAGACCUCUUAGAAAGCAGCUCCCCAGAAAGUGAGAUUGACAUCAAUCCUCAUCCACGCCUUUCAUAUUUAAUGAUUCAGAACCAGACUAAAAGGAUGCUGAUGGAGGAAUAUAUUACUUCUAGGAUAGAAGAGCGAGGUUUUGAGAACUACAGGGAGGUACUGGAGCAAUAUAUGAGGUUUGGCACAUGUACCAAAGUUAAAUUCAAAUUAUCAGACCAUCCACCAAAACCCAAAAAAAUUGUCCCUAAGAAACAACGUCCACGUCCUGAAGAUGUAUUGAAGAUAGAUUUGGAGUUCAAAGCGGAGCAAUUAAAGAUUUGCCAUCCUACCAAGGCUGUGAAAAGAUACUAUGCUGAUGGGAAGAUAUUCUCUCUUCUUUUUCCAGAUGGAACAGGCCAAGUUUAUUACCCAUCAGGUAAUCUUGCUAUUCUCAUAACCUAUGUCAAAGAUGUUCAGUUCACAUAUAUCAUUCUAAAUGACAGCACUCACCAUGAGGUCCAGGCAUUCUUUACAAAUCAGGGAUAUGCAGCAUGUUACCAUCGAAAUGGGCGUCUCAGGCUGAAUCUGGACCUUUCCUCUGGCUCCUACUUUAAUCAGAAGGGAAUUGGACAGAAACUCUGGAACUGGUGGGACACCAGUAGCCAUGUCCAUGCACCACCUUUCCAGCCCAUCUACUUUCAGUUAAACACUUACAUCCAGGUUAAAAUUGAAGCUCAGGAUCAGAUUUUUCUGACAUUUACCAAGCUUCAUGACUGCCUCCAAUUGAACGUGGGGGCAAGGCUAAAACUGCAAGAUGAAAACUUGCUUCAGUUUCUUAAGCCACUCAAAAAAUGGGGACAACAAGUAAGUUACUCUAAGAUUCUGCAAAUUAGAAGGCUCUUAGCCAGCUUGCACAAACUACUGAAAAUACUAUGCAGUACUUCAUUUGAACAAACUCCAGACCUGAGUCGCAUCAUAUCAGACAUGUAUGAUUUCAUGCAGUGGAAAAUGACAGCUCAUUCCACGCUGAGACAACAAUGAGCACAUGGAAAGCUAUUGCAUCAGUGCCCUGUGGAAUUAAACUUCUCUCCAGUC